AUGACCGUCGCCCCCGUCAAGCCUGCGCCUCCUUCGAGCGACGCCUUCCUCGCCGCUGUGGAGAGCCGUCGCUCGCGCUACAGUCUCGCCAAGUCGUCGCCCGUCGCGGAUGAGAAAAUCAUCGAAAUCGUGCAGACCGCCAUCAAGCACGGUCCCUCCGCCUUCAACACCCAGUCUUCCCGCGCCGUCGUCCUCUUCGGCUCGAAGCACGAGAAGUUCUGGAACACCGCUGAAGAGCGGUUCAAGGCUGCGGUAUCUGCAGAAUUCUUCGCCCAGAUCUCGCCGAAGCUCCUGCAGAUGAAGGAUGCGUACGGAACGGUCCUCCUCUUCGAAGACUCGGCUGCCUUCGAGCCUCUGCUCGCAAAGAUGCCCUUCAUCGCCCCCAACCUUCCCCCCUGGUCCGAAAACGCUCACGGCAUCGUCUCAUACAUUAUCUGGACCGCUCUCUAUGCGGAAGGACUCGGCGCAUCGCUCCAGCACUACACGGAACUCGUCCAAGAGGACGUUGAGGAGAUGUUCCAGGUCCCUUCUACCUGGAAGCUGCGGGCGAACCUCGUCUUUGGCGCGCCGACUGUCCCGCCGAUGGAGAAGACGUUCCAGCCGCUCGAGGACCGCGUCAAGGUGUUUGCGUAG